UAGUGCGCUAUAGGACGCUCUUGAACACCUCUGAGUACAGCCAAGAUGGCGGUGCCCUUACGGAGGACGUUGAUCGCGUUGCAUCGAGCAACUUGUAACAAUUUAAAGAGUGCUGAUGGCUGGGUGGAUGUGCGGCAGCCUCACCCGCUGGUUGUACCCGUCCGGGGAAAGAAGCGCCACUUCAUCCCGCCCGCCGUUGGGAUUAAGGAGAAGACCAAGGCCGACCCAGAGGCCCGGGCCCGGGCCGCUGGCCUCGUCUUCCGCCAACAGUACGUGGAGCGAUCCAUCAACAUCUCCUGCACAGCGGGUAUCUUUGACCCCUACAUCCCUCCCGAGGGUGACGCCAGGCUCUCCACCCUCUCCAGGGAGGGGCUGAAGCAGCGGACGGAGCAGCUGAGACAGAGCGCUGCCUCCCAGCUAGCGAUACGUAAGAUCAAAGAGCACGACCCUCUCUUCAAUACCAAGACAUUUCCAGAACUGGCUCAGGACAUCUUCAUCCAGGCUCACAUGGCCCUCACACAGUUCAACAAGGAGAAGCUACACUCCCUGGUGACAGAGCGGUGCUACCCUGAGAUGACCCGGGGGAACCGCCUGAAGACGAUCCGAUGGAGCUUCGUGGAGUCCCUGGAGCCGCCCCGGGUGGUGCACGCCCGCUGCCCCGACAUGGUCACCAAGACCAACCUGUACGGCCAGGUCACCCUGCGAAUGCACUCCAGACAGAUCCUGGCCCUCUACGACCGCUUUGGGCGCCUCCUGUUGGGCAGCGAGGACGAGCCCAAGGAUGUGCUGGAGUACCUGGUCAUGGAGAGACACGUCGUCAACCCCUACGGCCGCUGGAGGCUGCACGGCAAGAUCGUGCCGGCCUGGGCACCUCCCAAAGACCCCAUCACGAAGACGGUUCUGAUUCCGGGACCCAAACUGAAGCCCGGAGAGGACUUUGAUGCGCUCCAGUUUGAGGUUCCUAAACCCCAGUCUGUGCAGUGGAGCAAGUAGGACUCUAGAGGUCGCCAUUCCACCAGGAUCGGGAUAACAAGCUGCGGCCAGCGGGAGAGACUAUGCACGGGUCCAGGGCUGCUCCGAACCCGGAUGAGGGGAGCCCCUUGUCUGGUCGGGAACGCCAGUUCUCCGUCUCGCGUUCUUGUAAAAUAUAUUUUGCUUGUUGGCGAGUGUUUGACACUCUUUUUUCUCCACGCAUCAAAUUCUGGAAAAAUGUGUGUCCAGACAUUGUACAGGUUUAUUGAGUUGAGUUUAAUACAUGUGAUACUUAAGGAAUACAAAAAUAAAAUGUACCAUCUGACCCCCACGGUGUCACAGGCUCACUGAGAAUAUUCAGUGGAAUAAUCUCUUUCACACAAACACGAAAAAAUUACAUGAGAACAAACAUUAGGUUACCGAGAUAAGAGUUUGGAUGUUGUUGCGUUGGAAAUUAUUUUACACAAGAAAACACACUCGUUCCAAAAAAGUAGAUGACACAAAAUGCAGAAGCAAUCACAUAGCCUUUCUUACCUGUGGACCAACACGUGAGUCUGCCCGUUACUGCACACGUGAAACACCACAAACAACCGAUUUGAGAACCUCUUCACAGGCUUCGGUUACUAAAAAGUUUGUUUCUAUGUUCAUCGCAGUAUAAACCACAUUUAGUUAUCAGUCAUUAGCUUGGUAAAAUAUAAAUUAACACUUUUAGUGAUUUGGAAAUUGCAUUUAACAUGUGUACCAUGUGACACGGGCCAGGAUAAAUGGUGGACAAAAUGAAAGUCAAAUAAACAUUAUUUUAAUAGGUUUA